AUGGAGUCAACAAAGAAGUUAUUAGGCUUUCUCUUACUGCUCUGGAUCACAUGUGACGCUGCAGAUUCAUUUCCUGAUUCUUUCUCAAAAAAUGAAAUAUCAAGUUCAAGGAAUUUUGUCGGCGUUUCAUCGCAAAUUAUAGCCAAUGCACUUUUACAGGGUCAAGCAGAAUCGAUAUCAAAUUAUGUGUGCUCGCCUCUUGGAUAUAGCACAAUUUUAGCAAUUCUUGCUGAGGGAGCAAAAGGAAGAACACGAGAUGAAAUCUUACAAGUUUUAGAGCAGCCAACAAAAAAUAUUCAAGAUAUGAGAAACACGUACCGUUCAAUUUUAUCUGACUUUGCUGGAAAUGAUUCAGUCGUUGCUCCUCAAUUUAAAACUUGGUUUUAUAUCUAUAAACCAAACAUCGCCAUAGAAGAAUUCAAGCAGACGCUAAUCAAGGACUAUUUGGUAGAAGUUAAGGAUAUUGAGAAAUUUGAUUAUGAUUUUGGAACCACAAACAGUCAACAAGAUUAUUUUAUUCCAUCAUCAAACAGUCAAGACUCAUUGAAUUUUGAUGAUUUAAACCAAAACAAGCCGCUUGAUGAAGUUGAUGAAUUUAAUUCUAUGAAGUCGGACAAUUUGGAAACUACAGUUAGGGAUGCAAUAGCUGAUUAUGACCAAAUCGAUAAAGAUGAAAAAUCUAAAGUUUCUAAAUUCGACAAGGAAAUUGAUGAUAAGCAAUAUGUUGAAAAAUCUGAAAUACCUACAGAAUCCAAUAAUGAGGAAGAGACAACAUUAAAUUCUGUGUUGAAUGAAAAUGAAAAAGGACCGGAAAAGUUUGUGCUGCCUAUCAGAAAAUUUAUUGAUGAUUCUAUGGAAAUUAUGGAAGCACAAGAAAAUAAGAAUUUUGUAAAUGGGUUUGGACGAGCACAGCCACUUCAUUUAUUGGGAGAUGUUACAUCAGCUCUAAGUGGAAAUGCAAUUAUGGGAAGAAAAACGGAAUUAAAAGAAUUAGAAUCAAAAAUGCUUCUGUUUAACGGUCUUUACUUCAGAGGAGAUUGGGCUCAAAAGUUCGACAUGUUGAAUGAACUAAAGUCAUUUGACUCAGUUAAGGGAAAACAGGAUACUAAGUUUAUUACAACGAAUGGACUUUUUAAAUAUGUCGACAUCCCAUCUAAAAAUUUAAUUGCUGUGGAAAUACCAUACAAGAAUGAUCGCUAUGCUUUUCUUAUUGUAAUGCCAAGUACAUUGAAUGACAUGAAGCAACAUUGCAAGCAGUCAAACUACAACAAUCUCAAUGAAAUUGUAGGGCAGAUGGAACUUAAUAAUAUUAAUUUGUUAAUGCCACGUUUUAGAUAUGAAUGUACAAGCCGUGCUGAAAAAGCUCUUGGAAAGCUUGGAGUGACCACAUUAUUCACAUCAAAAGCUGAUUUGAGUGGAAUCACGGAAGAUUCUAAAGGAUUACAAAUUGAAGAACUGGUUCAACAUGUUGCUGUUAGAAUUGAUGAGGCAUCAAGUAGUGAGUCUGCAUUGAGUGCUGGCAAUGUUCAAGGACGAAACAAUGUAAAAGCAACAGAAGUUUUGAUCAAUAAACCAUUCUUGUUCUACGUUCGAGAUACUUUAAAUGACGUCAUUUUGAGUGCAGGAAAAAUAAUGGAAAUCCCAAAAGAAGAAGAUCUUGACGUUAUUUUUAACAUUUGA